AUCGAAGGAUCGCAUUCAAACAAUGUCCGAAGCACCAAAUCAAGACGCUAUCCGUGCCGCCAUCCAUCACCGCAAAAUCGCUGAAGAAAAGGCAGCUGCGGCCGCCGCCUCCGGGUCUGCCGCUCCCGAAGUCGUACAAGCAACUGCCGAGAUUGCUGCGCGCGCCAAGCAGAUCGAGUUGCAGCAGAGUGAGUUGGCGAAUUUGCAGAGGGAGGAGCAGGAGGUUAAGGAGAAAUUGGCGAAGGUUCGGGCUGAGCGGGAGAGGCUGCUUGCGGGGCAGUGAUUCUAUAAGUGCAGGAGAUGUGGUGGUAUCUUCCCUGGACUGAUAUCAUGAGAUACGUGGGAGGAGGGAAGUGGAGGAGUGAGAUACCCGAACAACGUAUGAUACCCCGGCAUUUCGACAAGCAU